GUACCUCUCACCCCGCGCAGGUCAGAACAAAAAUGGCAACACAAGAAGCGUGAAAAGUCGAAAAAUGCAUGGGGUUCACGAUACAAGACUACACUGUCAUUAGUUAACAAGUUUUAACACGAGCAAAAUGUCUUCUAGAUUAAAUAGCUACAAAAACAAAGCCCUAGACAACCAAGAAUUAAGGAGAAGAAGAGAAGAAGCUGGAGUUCAAAUUAGAAAGGCGAAAAGAGAGCAGCAGCUAUUCAAAAGAAGAAAUGUCGAUGUUGAAUCACAAUCUCAAGGAGAGUCGACAACAAUAAAUGUGAAAGAUGGCUCGUUUCAUGAAGCUCUACCAUCUAUGUUACGUGAGAUAAUGUCAGAUGACCCAGCCGCUCAGUUGCAUUCUACACAACUCUUUCGAAAACUUCUUUCAAAAGAUCCCAACCCCCCAAUUGAUGAGGUGAUUGAGGCUGGUGUUGUACCUCGACUAGUUUUGUUUUUGCAACAGUCGACUAAUAAUGUUCUGCAGUUCGAAGCAGCAUGGGCCUUAACCAACAUUGCUUCUGGUACAUCACUUCAAACAAGAUACGUAAUUGAAGCAGGCGCUGUUCCAACGUUUAUUCAAUUAUUGCUGUCUCCCCAUGAAGAUGUUCAAGAACAGUCCGUGUGGGCGUUGGGUAACAUAGCUGGCGACAAUACCGAAUGUCGAAAUUACGUUACAGAUAAUGGAAUAUUGGAUCCUUUGUUAAAAUUGCUGGACCAAUCCACCAAAAUCACCAUGACUCGAAACGCUGUGUGGUGUUUAUCAAAUCUAUGCCGUGGCAAAAACCCUCCACCUGAGUUUCACAAAGUUUCACCUGCCCUACCAACGUUGUCUCGUCUUUUGUUUCAUCACGAUGCAGAUGUAUUAGCCGAUACAUGCUGGGCGAUUGCUUACUUAUCCGACGGUCCGAACGAAAAAAUUCAGGCUGUCAUUGAUGCUGGGGUGUGCAGAAGAUUGGUGGAACUAUUGCAACAUCCGCAGGCGAAUGUUGUGUCCGCUGCAUUGCGUGGUGUCGGUAAUAUCGUCACCGGUGAUGAUAUGCAAACACAGGUCAUUAUGAAUUGUAAUGUUUUACCAAGCCUGCUUACCCUACUCUCGUAUCAACGCGAAUCGAUACGAAAAGAAACGUGCUGGACAAUUUCAAAUAUAACUGCUGGAAACGUGCAGCAAGUCCAGGCUGUAAUAGAUGCAAACAUCAUUCCUUCUCUAAUCAAUGUUUUGUCACAUUCUGAGUUUAAAACAAGAAAAGAAGCAGCGUGGGCCAUAACAAAUGCAACUUCUAGCGGAUCACCACAACAAAUAAGAUAUAUCGCCAGUCAAGACGCUCUUCGUCCUCUCUGCGAUCUUCUUUCUGUCAUGGACACCAAGAUUGUCAUUGUCGCCCUAAAUGGAAUCGAAAACAUUCUUCGGGUUGGCGAAGAAAUCGGAAAAGAAAUCAAUACAGCUAAUCCUUACGCUGUUCAAGUUGAAGAAUGUUUCGGUUUGGAUAAAAUCGAAUACUUGCAACAACACGAGAAUGAAGAUAUUUACAAAAAGGCCUAUGAGAUAAUCGAGAGUCACUUUCGAGAAGACGAAGACCAAAAUGUGGAUGACAACGCCCUUCUACCCGACUCUACAUCCAGUCAUUAUACGUUUGGCGACGUAGCUGCUCCGGCUAAUGGAUUUGCCUUAUGAACAACUGUUAUUUUUAACCGCAAAAUAACUUUAAUAAACAAGCAAAUCUAAUGAUUAAAAUAGCUUGAGUAAGCGAGCAAAUCUUACGCUAAAAAUGAGUGAGCGAGCAAAUCUAGUGGGAUAUAGCUAUCGUGAAAUAAAAUGGUUGUUGCUUUUUAUCUUUUAAGAUUAAGAUGCUUCUCACGUGAUAUCAUAUUUUUAUUAAAUUCUUAGUUAAGACCUCCACUCUUUCUACGUGUGUGAUCAGUCAUUAGUUUUAGCAAAUGAUUUAAAUGUGUGUUGUGUUGUUCGAUUUAUGUACAUAAUGUUUAGGGUGUAAAAAAGGUAUUUUUUAUAUUCUUUUCACCUUCUGAAAAAGAAGUUAUUUCUGAUUUUA